AUGUUCGCUCGCGUCUCAGACAAGUUCCAUAACAGAAAGCAGCAGGCAUCGCCUCUGAAGAGCCCCCAGAGCCCGCCUGCCAACGCCGUCUCACCCGGGUCUGCCGUUUCUCCCACCAAUUCGACUACUCUCCCGCAGAGCAUGAACCAGGGCGCAGCCCCAUCACCAGGUGCAACUCAAUCUGUUCAGCCUCCGCAGCCCGUCGCUUCCAUGUCUGCCCCCGCCCAGCCUGGUAUGGAGGGGGUCGAGAGCGUGGCUUCGCCCCAAUCUAUGGCUGGUCCGGCUGGGGGUCAGCCCUACGAGGUCAACCGUACCAUGAGUAUCGAGAUGGCAGACGUGUCCAACCUCUCGCUGCAGACGCCAACCGAGACUCGCCAGGGUAGUGUAGAGGAGGAGCGAAUGAGGGAGAAAGCCAGGUCUGCCCAAGAGCAGGCCCAAGCCAACCUUCAUCACGCCACCCAGCAGGCACGUGUUGCCGCGAUCAAUGCAGCUGCAACGCAGGCAGCUCUGGACACAGCGACUAACCCAAGCACGGGAUCCAAAACGCCAGUGUCAGGACGAGGCCAAGCUCUCCGGAAGACGGCCGGUCGCUACGCUCUGGGGGAUUUCCAUAUCGAAAGAACAUUUUACGCUAUCAAAGUUCUCAAUAAAGAGAAAGUGGUCAAGAUGAAGCAAGUUGAGCAUACAAACUCGGAACGAGAAAUGCUGGUACGGGUCCGACACCCCUUCUUGGUCAAUCUCUGGGGAACGUUCCAGGACGUCAACAACCUGUACAUGGUGAUGGACUUUGUGGCUGGAGGCGAGCUGUUUAGUUUGCUCCGAAAGAGUCAAUUUUACGCCGCCGAAGUUGCCCUUGCGCUUGAUUACCUUCAUUCUCUGGAUAUCAUCUAUCGAGACCUCAAACCGGAGAACAUCCUGCUCGGAGCGGACGGGCAUGUCAAGGUAACCGAUUUCGGCUUUGCCAAACACGUCCCGGACAUCACUUGGACGCUGUGUGGAACUCCCGACUACCUGGCGCCUGAAGUCGUGCAAUCCAAGGGCUACAACAAGAGCGUGGAUUGGUAUGCCCUUGGUGUGCUGAUUUUCGAGAUGCUUGCUGGCUACCCUCCGUUCUUCACGGAGGAUGGAAACCCUAUGAAACUGUAUGAGAAGGUGCGUCGUCAGGUGGUCAACACUGACCAACAGAUCAUCGCCGGAAAGGUGAGGUAUCCUACUUAUUUCGAUGCCCUCGCAAAGGAACUUCUCAAGAAUCUGCUCGUGGGAGAUCUCACAAAGCGUUACGGCAACUUGCGAGCUGGCUCGGCAGACAUUUUUGCCCAUGGGUGGUUUGCUGAGGUGGACUGGGACAAGCUCUACAGGCGAGAGAUUCCCGCGCCCUAUGUUCCCAAGAUUGAGGGUGAAGGCGACGCCAGUCAGGCAACAGCCGGGGCGACGGACCCUGAUACGUCGGUGAUCGGUGUCUUAAUGUUUGUUUUGCUCUUUAACUCUGCACACCCCCAAAUGUCGGCAUUGGACACAAAGUCAACUUUGGGAGCAGAUCGACACGUGUUUCCCCCGUUCUAUGCGUGCUAUCUUCUGAGAUCAAAGGCCAAACCCGGGUCGCAGCGAACUUAUUUCGAAUGGGCAUGGCAGCACCCCGAGCUUUCAAGGCAUCUGCGGGUGGGUGCCGGUGAAAGUGCGUCGAGGCCGUUGUUCCCCAAGGACAGCAAGAGGAACCAAGUGGAAAGGAAGACCAUUGUCGCUCUCGCCCUCUUGCGAUCGCAUCCGUUUCGCUCUCUGCCCCUUCAUGUCAGGUGCUUCCGCAAAGAUGUGCACCAAAGUUUUACCGCCCUGGCCCAACCCGAUAAUGGAGCUCCUGCGCUGUUCAAAAGCACCCCUGCGGCUAUCAUUGCGGGUGUCAAAGCAUUGCCCGAACUUGACCCUAGAGUGCAAGUGACCUUCAAUCCGUCCGGGUACGCUGCCUCGUUCAAACGGGGAAGGAUAGAGAGUGACGACCAGCUCGAUCUCAAAGAUGACGGCUUCAGGAAUGGUGAUCGAUCAGGGGAAAAGUGGAAGCGUCUCCAACAGACAUCUGGGCAGCGACGUUGCUAUCUAUGCGCUGCAGAGGUUGACACCAAAGUACGAGUCUCGCCGUUGGUAUGCUGA